AACAUGAUGAAGCCAAGAAAAGUGAGUAAAGUGGUUUUAAGCAAGGAGCAGUCUGAGGGAGUCGGAGCAAGAGUUCAGAGGAGCAUCGGGCGAAAAGAACUGAAAAACCUGGAUCCGUUUCUGAUGCUGGAUGAGUUCUGUGUGAGGAAGCCUGCAGGGUUUCCUGAUCAUCCUCACCGUGGAUUUGAGACGGUGACGUACCUUCUGAGUGGUGCAUCGGCUCAUGAGGAUUUUUGCGGACAUUGUGGAACACUGGAGACUGGGGAUUUGCAGUGGAUGACUGCAGGACGAGGUGUGGUUCAUGCAGAGAUGCCUCUAUCAGAUGAACCCAUGCGGGGCCUUCAGCUUUGGGUGAACCUGCGAAAAGCCGAUAAAAUGGUGGAACCUCAGUACCAGGAACUGAAGAACAGUCAGGUUCCUAAGCCUAGCAUAGAUGGUGUGACUGUGGCCGUCAUUUCGGGAGAAGCCCUCGGGGUGAAGUCAAAAAUCUACACCAGAACUCCAACGCUUUAUCUUGACUUCCGACUCAGUGAGGGUGCAAAACACGUGCAGCCAAUACCCUUGGGUUGGACCGCUUUUAUCUACACACUCUCGGGAAUCGUGCAUACUGGGCCAGAAGAAGCUCAGAAGGAAGUCGAACCUCACCACACUGUGGUUUUUGAGGAUGGUGACUGUAUCCGAGUGGAAAAUAAGGCAGUUGAGGUGGCACACUUUGUGCUGAUUGCUGGAGAGCCGAUCAAGGAACCGGUGGUGCAGCAUGGCCCAUUUGUCAUGAACUCCGAGGAGGAGAUCGAGCAAACCAUUACAGACUACAGAACAUGCACAAACGGAUUUGAGAGAGCAAAACACUGGCAAUCAAAAAUACGUGGGACAAUGUAAAUGUGUGGAAUUUUUAUAUGCUACUGGAAAAGCACUUUUAUUAUCUUCACAUCUAAUCUACAGUAUAAGCUGCUUUUAUUUACUCUGGUGAUCUGAAGGCCACUCAUUCCGUUUGCCGUUUGCAAUCCUGUCAUUUAUUUAAUUGUAAGCUCAUAGGUUAUAGCUCCUGUUGACGUGUUUAGAGUUGCACAGACACACACAGCUCCACUUACAAACCAUUAAAGAGUACUGAAACCA